AUGGCCGGUCGAAGUAGAUCAGGAACAGAGUGUGAAAUCACAGUCGAGAAACUGGAUGAGGUCAAAACGUACCAGGAUAAACAUCCCUACGCUGAUCCCGGAAAUCAUGACAGGGAACACUUCAAAAAGAGAAUGGGACCUUUGCGCUUCAAAAUGCGGGAAUAUCUUACGAAAUAUACGGAAAACCAGUCAGAAAUGCUUUUCCAGUGGCAAAGUAAGUUUAGCAGCAAAUUCUUGGAUCAAUAUUUCGCAUAUACAGCGUUGAUGGGGUCACACAUGUUCUAUGUUGUGAUGGUUCCAAUGCCGCGCUGGCUCGGCUAUAGUGACGUUUGCCGAGACCUCGUUUACAUUCUCGGGUAUUCGAUCUAUUUGAGCGGCUUUCUGAAAGAUUACUGGUGCUUACCUCGGCCCAAAUCCCCUCCUCUCACUCGAGUAACAUUGAGCGGAUACACGACAAAAGAAUACGGGGCACCAAGCUCACACACUGCAAAUGCCACGGGAGUGACAAUGCUUUUAUUGUGGUACAUCUAUAGCUCCGAAACAAUGCCGUUGCAUUGGAAACUAGCGGCUACCGCAGGUGCAUUCUUCUACUACUUCACACUUACAUUGGGAAGAAUAUAUUGUGGGAUGCACGGCUUACUCGACAUUUUCUCAGGUGCUCUGAUUGGCGCUGUAUGCUUUGUUGGUCGAUGGGCAACUUUAUCAUAUACAGACUUUGACGCGGCUAGUAUGGAAGUUUGGGGCUGGUGGUUUCCUUUCGGCUCCGUUGCACUGGGAUUGACUCUUUUGUUUACUCAUGCGCGGCCCGUAGAUCACUGCCCGUGUUUUGAAGAUAGUGUUGCGUUUGUCGGAGUCAUUUGUGGCCUAGAAAGCAGCGACUGGCUGAGUUGGAGUCUUUUCGGUAAGUCAAAUUAUCAAGUUUACUACGACUGGAGCGAAUUUGGACUCAUAUUCACUUUGAGAAGGAUCGUUGUAGGAGUGGCCUUGGUUCUGAUAUGGAAAAGUGUUGUGGGGAAAAAACUGCUGUACACGCUCUUAAACUUCGUAUGGGCCGACGAUAGACAUUUGUAUGCUCAUGGACACGAUGAAACUUCCUAUUUAAAAGAAGUCCUGCCUUUUAUCGGACGUUCGAGAACUGAACUUUUGUGUCGAUUCAUCCUGUAUGCGGGCGUGGCUGCUGUUGUAGUUCUGAUAUGCCCUACGGCUUUUCUCUGGUUAGGUGUGUGA